CGUCAGGUCGGUUCCUUGAAGUGGAGCUGAAUAAACCUUGAGAAGAGUCUCCUUCAAUCUGCUGUUAGUAACUAACACACACACUCACACACCGAGACUCAAUUACUGCCCAAUUCCCUUCUUUAUCAUUCGUCCCCGACCUCUUUCAUAACCAAAACCGACCAAGGAAAAAAAGAGGCGAGAAGAAGACCGAGCCGAAGUGUUAGUUGAACUAAAAAACCACGCUGGAAAUAAGUAAAGUGUCGAAACUAAAAAAAGGUGUUACAGCAGUGAUGUCAAAGAGCUGAAGACACCUGUAACAAUAUGGAGUCUGGAGAGCGGCUGGUCUCCCCUGCGCCCACCCUGUCUGCUGCUCGCACCUCCUCCCCUGCGGCCUCUUCCUCAUCCUCUUCUUCUUCCUCUUCGUCAUCACCUGCUCCGCACUCUAAGAGCAGCCUGGCCCCGAGCCCCUCAGCACUGGGAUCCACCCUCAGCGCCUCUGGCCGUCUGUUUGGAGCAGCAGGAGAGCAGCCCUUCAUUGGCUCCACAUUGUCAAGUGCCUUCCCUCUGGUCAACCACCCAGCAUUUGGAGCCCUCUACACUGCCGGAGCAGGCAGGCCGGAGUUUGGAGGCCUGGGCUCUCUAGGCAUGUCAGCUGCUCUGGCUGCCCAUCCCCAACUAGGAGCCCUCUCUGAGUGGUGGCGAGCUGCCGAAGCCCAUGGACGGGGAGCUGCUGCCUUUCUCCCCUCUUUCAUCGGCUUUCCCCCAUUCUUCGCCCCUCACAUUCAGUCCAAUCACAGCGCCAGUCCUGUUCCGAUCAGGAUGCCCGGCAAGAAUAGCCAUGCUGCACCUAAAGGGGUGAAUGGUGCAGUGAAUGGAAGCGGGGCCUGCCCUCCUGUCACACAAUCAGGGAGCUUUUCUGCGAGUCCGGCUCCUGUUCAGGCACCAACCAAGCCAACCAAAAAUUCAGAUCCUGCUAAUAGCCAGCGUCGCAGCCCUCAGAACAAUCCCACAGAGAUGGUGGAAAAGACGACUCAGAAACCUAAAGAGAAGAAACCAAGGAAGAAGACAGCUGACACUUCUGUGGUGAGCAAUAGUGAAUCAGGCACAUCAUCAGACAGCUCAAGUGACGGGUCCCUCAGCAGUGAUCUGGAAGACCUAGCAGAGGAUGAUGAAGACGAUGAUGACGAGGACGAGGACGACGAAGAGGAGGACAAACACAGCGAACUGUCUGACACAGAGAAGCGGACAAAGAAGAAAACAAAGGUUUUGAUACCCAGCACUGGAACUGCAAAGAAUGACAGACCACUCUCUGGGGAUGCCAACAGAAAGAAAGGCACCCAGGCCCAAAAGGUCCCCUCCAAUCCCCCGACCCUUGUGCCCUUACCCUGCUCUGUCUCUCCUCCCGCCUUGUCCCAAACCUCACCGCUGGCUCUUCACAGCUCCAGGUCCCGGACAGAGGGACCACAGCAACACUUUAGUGUGAUCCAGUCCACUGGCCUGGCUGCCAACUCAAAGCCCCUGGCACUCCUCACUCAACCCCGCAGGGAGUCGUCACCGUCUUCCUCCCCCAUAGCUCUCACCACAUCUCCAAAGGCACCGUCCAGCACCGCUUCGCCCAAACCUCCCAAGCUGCUGCCCUCCAACUCCCCUCCGCACCUUCCCCUCUCCCUCUGCUCCUCCCCUAAGCCUCUCUCAGUUCCCUCUCCACCCCGCUCGACUCUCCCGAUGCCUACCUCCCCAAAACCUUUUGGUUUGACCUCAUCUUUAACAAGCUCCCAGAAGUCCUCACUGAAGCCACCAAAGCACUCUGUCUCUGGCACCGCCAAAUCCAACAAAAGGAAACUUUUGGAAGCUUCACUAGCGCAGAUCAAUGAGUUCAGGCUGCGACAGACUCUCAUGUCCCAAGGGCAGACGUUCCCAGCUGAGCUAAAGAAGCAGCAGCAGGGGCCAAACAAAUCUCCCAAGAGGACAUCUCUGUCUUCAUCGCCAUUGCCACUCGUCCCGCCUCCUCCACCCCAGAACAAUCACUCCAACCUCUUCCUCUCAAGUGCCCUGCUGGGGCUCCCUGAACCCCAUCACCCAAAUGGAGUCAUCCAAAGCACCACUCAGGACGCACCUUUGGCCCUCAUCUCCAAACCUCGCAAAGACUCUGCCUCUCAAAGCAAGUCCCCUCAGCGUGACACUGAUGCUGGGUCGAUGCCUGUCAAUCUGAGCACAGGGGCAAACAGGACCCAGGCAGCCGGCCAGGCUGGGCCUCCGUCACAGCCCUCCACUACCUCACCCCAUGCUACAACAGGCCAUGGAUCCAGAAAGAACAAGACCGCCAAGGGGAAGGGACAGACACCAGGACUAGGACAGGGACAGGGACAAGCAGACCCUUUAGCUGCCUGGAAGGGCUUCUCUCAGAACCAUCUGGUGCAGUCUCUAGUAGAUCUGUUUCGAGGAGGAGAGUCCGGGAUUGGGAUUCCUGGAGUUAGUAUCCCUGGAGUUGGAAUUCCUGGAGUGGGGAUCCCUGGGACAUGUAACCCCACAGCUGGGCUCCCAGCCAACAAGGAAUCUGAUGACUCAGGAGAUGAUGAUGAUGAGGAGGAUGAUGAUCUUGAGGAGGAAGAGGAUGAAGAGGACUCAGAUGAUAGUCUGUCAGAGUCUGACACCAACUCGGACAGUGACAUCUCUGGGAAGAAGGUGAAGGAGUUAAAGCUGCUGCCAUCUGGAUCAUCUAAGAAGGAGAUGACUCCCCACAGGCUAACCAAAGGCCCAGAACUACUGAACACCUCAACGAAUCACACCGCCACCAGCUGCUCACCACUCAACCUCCAGGUCAUCAAGACUCCCACCAUUGCCACCAGCUCCAGUGCCUUGGCCUAUCACAGCUCUCCAGGCUCUUCCUCCUGCAGCCUAGCCUCUCCGUUAGGUUUAGGAAAGCGGAAGAGGGUGAUGGAUGAGAAGGAGUUGAUGAUACCUCUGGAGUUAGGGUGGCGGAGGGAAACUAGAAUCAAAUCGGUGGCUGGACGGCCGCAGGGCGAGGUGGCCUACUAUGCCCCUUGUGGCAAGAAACUGAGGCAGUACCCAGAUGUGAUGAAGUAUCUAUCCAGAAAUGGAAUAAGUGGCAUCACGCGUGAUAAUUUUAGCUUCAGUGCAAAGAUAAGGGUUGGUGACUUCUAUGAAGCCAGAGAAGGACCCCAGGGUUUACAGUGGAGCCUGUUGAAGGAGGAGGAGGUCAUACCUCGUAUUUUGGCAAUGGAAGGCCGAAGGGGUCGUCCCCCAAAUUCGGAGCGCCAGUUAGCAGGCGAAGGUGCCAAAGGUAACCGACGAAGGAAGGGACGACCCCCUAAUGUAGGCGAUCCACUGGCGCCUGAGGGCCCUAGUCCCAGUCAGGUCAAACUUCUGCGCAAACUAGAGGCUCAAGAAAUAGCCCGUCAGGCGGCACAGAUGAAACUGAUGAGAAAACUGGAAAAGCAGGCGCUGGCACGUGCAGCCAAAGAAGCUCGGAAACAGCAAGCUAUCAUGGCAGCGGAGGAGAGAAGGAAGCAGAAAGAGCAGAUCAAGAUUCUCAAGCAGCAGGAAAAGAUCAAGCGUAUUCAGCAAAUUCGGAUGGAGAAGGAACUCAGAGCGCAGCAAAUUUUGGAGGCCAAACGGAAAAAGAAGGAAGAAGCCGCCAACGCCAAAAUACUGGAGGCUGAAAAGCGUAUAAAGGAGAAAGAGUUGAGGAGACAGCAAGCGGAGAUGCUCAAACAACAGGAGUUGGAGAGGCAUAGACUAGAUAUGGUAUGGGAGAGGGAAAGGAGGAGGCAACAUGUAAUGCUGAUGAAGGCUGUUGAGGCUCGCAAGAAAGCAGAGGAGCGUGAACGCUUGCGGCAGGAGAAAAGGGAUGAGAAGCGUCUGAACAAAGAGCGUAAACUGGAGCAACGGAGGCUGGAGCUGGAGAUAGCGAGGGAACUGAAGAAACCAAAUGAAGAUAUGUGUCUGUCUGAUCAUAAGGCUCUCCCUGAGUUCUCCAGGAUUCCCGGACUCAUCCUACCAGGACGUGCCGUGUCGGACUGCCUGAUGCUUAUGCAGUUCUUGCGAGGCUUUGGAAAGGUUUUGGGACUCGAUGUGAACACGGAUGUGCCCACGCUGGGAAUGCUACAGGAGGGCUUGCUUAAUGUGGGGGACAGCAUGGGCCAAGUUCAAGACCUUCUGGUCAAACUGCUUUCUCUGGCAGUCUGUGAUCCUGGUUUGCCACCUGGACAAAAGACAAAAACCAUGCUGGGGGACCACCUGACUAACGUUGGCAUCAACAGAGAUAAUGUCUCCGAGGUGCUGCAGAUGUAUAUGGGAGCCCAUUGUGGAAAUACAGAUCUGGCUCCUUUGGCUCUCAGUUUGAAGACAAAGGCCUUUCAGGCUCACACGCCUGCUCAGAAGGCCUCAAUUUUGGGGUUCUUGGCUAAUGAGCUGGCCUGCAGCAAAGCUGUCAUCAGUGAGAUUGACAAGAACCUGGAUCAGAUGGCAAAUAUGAGGAAAGACAAGAUUAUUAUGGAGGGAAAACUGAAGAAGUUGAGAACCAUUUAUGCCAAACGAACUGGAAAGAGGGAAGCCAGCAUGGGUGUGGAAGAGAACCAGUCUGUUGGCACUCCAUCCUCGGCCACCAAACGCAAGAUGAAACUGGGUGGAGACAGCGAAGAUGACGACGACGACGACGAUGACAGUGACGACCAACCGGAGGAAGAGGAGGAAGAGGAGGAGGAAGAACUAAAGAAGGUUAGAAAAGUGGAGACAUAUGAUGAGGAUGAAGUUGACCAUGCUACUAGUGUCGAGGAACUGGAGAAGCAAAUAGAAAAAAUGGCCAAGCAACAUCAUCAGACCAGAAGAAAGCUGUAUGAGAUAUCCCAUUCCCUACGCUCUAUGAUGUAUGGACAGGAUCGGUACCGCCGCCGAUACUGGGUACUGCCCCACUGUGGAGGGGUCUUCAUUGAAGCCAUGGAGAGUGGAGAAGCUCCAGAGGAACUGGAGGAGGAGCGACAGAGGAGGAGGAGAGCAGCAGAGGAGGUCAAGGUCAAAGAAGAACCUCAAGAGAUUGAGUUGCAGAAGGAGAAACCCACCAACCUUGAUGGGCAGAGCACUCGAACACAGGACUUGGAGCAACAGAAAGAGGAGGAGAAGAAACACGAGCGGAAGAAAAACUCCCCGACCCUCUUCUACCAGCAACCAGGCUGUGUAACCAAGCUGUGCGCUCUCAGAGAAGUCAGCAAGGACAUUGGUAAAGAAUCUGUGAAGGCAGAAGACAAGGAGAGUCCCCAUGUGAGACAGAAUGGCAGUCCCCUAGGCACUCCUGUUACAACCACUAUGUCAGCGUCCUCCCCCACUCACAAUACCCUCGAGCCUGCAACAGCGGCAGCAACAGCUCCCUCCAUGGUGACUGCUAACGACACAACAAACAUCCCUCACCUGGCUUCAUCCUCUUUAUCUGCCCCGUGCCUGCCAGCUGCACGUGAAAGCCCAGGGAACACUCCUCCAACCUCAUCCCCGGCUCCAUCGCCACACCUUUCAUUCCAAGCAAACGACCAGCUGCUCAGAGUGCUAACAGAAAGGAGCGGGCACUGGUUCAGUCUGCUCCCUCGCAACCCUUGUGACCUCUCCUCCCUCACCACAACACCACCAGGAGCGCCUCGUGUGUCUCCUCAGGCAUCCUCCACCCCAGCCAGACCCAAAUCCCCACCUCCAUCCCCUGCUCUCCCUCUCACCCCUUCUGCUGCCUCAGCCUCUGCCAGCCCACACCACCCAACUGGCAUCCUCAGCUACCCACUAUCCACCCUGCAGGUUAAGUCAGGUGUCUCUUUGCUAGGAGUUUCUUUCGCAAGCUGGCCCAGUGGAAUGAUAAGUCCCGGCCUGCCUUUGUGCAGCAGCCCUAGCCCCAUGCCAAGUCACUCUGUAGAGGGCAACACAGCAGCAAGUGUCUCCAGUAAAAGUGAAUCGCCUUUACCUCGCAUUGAGAAAACUUGCUCUAUGCCCUCUCCCGCCUUGGAGAUGCCCAAAUCCCUCGACCACGCCACGCCACGACCCAUCCCAGAAGAGAUGCUGACAGGUUGGUGGCGGGUGUCUGACAUCGAAGAGCUCAGGGCUCUUGUCAAUGCUCUCCACAGCCGAGGAAUCAGAGAGAAGGCCCUCCAGAGACAAAUGCAGAAAUACAUGGAGAUCAUCCCCCAGGUCUGCACCAAACACAGAGACGUGGCCAUGAUUGAGCUCCAUGAGUUGGAGGAGAGCCAGGUCAGUGUGGAGUCGGUGCGGGGCUGGUGUGUUGAGGAGCAAGCAAUGGAAAUGGACAUCGCUAUACUGCAGCAGGUUGAGGAACUGGAGAGGAAGGUCACCGCAGCCAGCCUGCAGGUUAAGGGCUGGACGUACCCGGACCCUCAGUCUGAGCGUGAGGACCUGGUGUACUACGAGCACAAGCCCCUGACCAAAUCCACGGCCUCGGCGACAAACACGGGAGACAAGGAAUCCAAGGAGCAUCUGGAGGAGCGGGGAGAGAAGGGCGGGGUGAUGCGUCACCCGGACAACCCGCUGGACAUUGCAGUGACACGUCUGGCUGAUCUGGAGCGCAACAUCGAGAGAAGGUACCUGAGGAGCCCCUUAGGUACCACCAUUCAGAUCAGGCUGGAUAAUGUGGGUACGGUCACUGUCCCUGCCCCCGCCCCAUCUACUAGUGCUGACAGGGAAGGCAGCGAGGAGGAGGUGGCCCACGGUAUGAAAGUGUGGAGGAAGGCCCUGAGCGAAGUGCGCAGCGCCGCCCAGCUGGCCAUGUGUAUCCAGCAACUGCAGAAGUCCAUUGCCUGGGAGAGGUCGAUAAUGAAAGUGUACUGUCAGAUUUGCAAGAAGGGGGAUAAUGAGGACCUCCUCCUGCUGUGUGAUGGCUGUGACAAAGGCUGCCACACUUACUGUCACAAACCCAAGAUCACCAGCAUCCCAGAAGGAGACUGGUACUGCCCGGCCUGCAUAUCCAAGGCAAGUGGUCCAUCCCCCAAAAGCAAAAAGCCUCCAGCCAAACCAGUAGCAUCUAGUGGGGGGAGUAGCAAGAAGGGCGGAGAGGCAAAGAAGAAUGGAAAGCAGGCCGGUAACGGGGAAGUGUCGGAGGAUGACUCAGCAAGUGCCAGCAGUACGCCCAAAAAAGGAGCAAAAGACACCAGCAGGAAGAGGAAAACGGAGGAGAGUUUACCUGCUCUAACGACAUCCAAUCAGGAGACUACUGGGUGUGUGAAGCGAGCCAAGACGGCUCGAGACAACAACAGGGACCUGGGAUUAUGCAGAGUACUCCUUGCUGAGUUGGAGCGGCAUCAGGAUGCAUGGCCUUUUCUCACACCUGUCAACCUGAAAUCGGUGCCUGGCUACAGGAAGGUCAUCAAGAAACCGAUGGACUUCUCCACCAUACGUGAGAAGCUUGUGAGCAGCCAGUAUCAAAACCUGGAGACGUUCAUCAUCGAUGUCAACUUGGUCUUUGAUAACUGUGAAAAAUUCAAUGAAGACAAUUCAGACAUUGGUCGAGCUGGUCAUAACAUGAGGAAGUUCUUUGAGAAGCGCUGGACUGAGCUUCUGAAACAAACAAACUAAAACAAAUAAAAAAAACACUUAAGAUUUAAAAAAAAAAAAAAGUCUGUUCAGACUCUUCUCCAAUACACCCAUUCAACUUUUCGUACCGGAGCACCAGGUGUUACUUUUUAUUUUGUGAUGGAGAACGUGGCUUUGCAGGAUGGUAGAAGAAGAAGCCAACUCCUUAAUAAGGAACCUGUGGUGUGCUUAGGAGAGGUGUCACCUUGAAAAAUAAAAAGUUGUUUAGGUGCACUGGAUUUAUUACAACAGGGAUGAAAGCCCCAAAGAGUCCCAGAGAAAUGGGGUGUCAUAGUGCAAUACCAUUCCCUGUCUCAGAACACUGCACUGAAUGAAUCCUCAAAAAUGUCAAUGAUGUGUCUGCGCUAGAAUACUUUCCACUACUUGUAAAUAGUUUGUUUUUGUUUAUUUGGGUUUUUUUGUUCGUUUGUUAUUUAAUCGUAUUAUAGUGAAUGUAUUUAAUUUUGUAAUAAUUAUUUAUGAAUCAAGGUCCACUUCAUUUUCUAUGAAAAAGGAGGAAUCAGCCGAACUGCUUUGACUUCUGAAAAGGAAUGUGUUAUUGUGUUAUAAUUUUUUUCUCUCUCUCUCUCCCAAAUAUCAAACAAA